AGAAGCAAUCUUUUGUUACGAAAACGACUUCUAAGCUACAAUUUUGGGUCUUUGAGAAGAGAGGAUGAGUACUCUGGAUGUGGCAACAUUCAGUGUGUACUACGGUGGGAAUUGGGUGACUAGUGAAGAUGAGAAGGAUGCUUAUAUCGGUGGAGAGAAGGUGUCCUAUAAUUACCCUUAUGAAGACAAUAAGGAGCGAAAGCUAUUAUGUGAGAGGGAUUCUAGUUUCAAGAAGAUGCGUGAUGGGGCUCGAUGGGUGAAGUUUGUUAAUGUUUAUCUAGUUGAUUCUGAAGGAGAUGAGGAGAUUGGUGCUGAACCUUGUGAGGAAGAGCUGAGAGUAGAAAGAAAUGUGGCUAACUUUAUUGAUGAGGAUGAUGAUGAACAGUUUGAUUAUCAUAAUACUCCUCCCAAUUCUGACGAUGAAGAUGAGUUCAAAGAAGCUUUGGUUGAUUAUGCAUUAAAGGGAGAGUGGAACAUCAAGCAAAACAGAUGGGGGAAAGUCAAGUGUGAAGCUAUUUGUGGAGUAGAAGACGGUGAAACUCUUUGUAAGUGGAGGAUAUAUUGCGCAUAUGAGGAGCCAAUUGGGAAGUUCAUGGUGAAGACAUUUGAACAUGAACACUCUUGCACAAAAGAUGGAUAUUGCAAGAUAUGGAAGUCGAGAGUGAUUGCAAAGUUGUUUCUGGAUGACAUAAGGUCUCAUCCUGACUUUAAACCGAGGACAAUGGAAGAGAAUAUUCUGAAGAACUUCAAUCUGGUUGCCACAAUAGACAAGUGUAGGAAAGGGAAGAAGAUAGCAUUGGAAAUCAUUCAAAAAGAGCAUGAAGAGCAGUUUUAUAGGCUUAGAGACUACAAAGCUGAGCUGCUACGGUAAGUAGCUGUUGUCAUCUAGUUUAAUCAUUCAAUGUCAGUUUAUUUUUACUAAAUGUUUUUAUUUUCUUUGCUAGUUCUAACCCUGAAUCCACCGUGGAGUUAAACACAGUUCUAAUAUGGUGUCGUCCCAUCUUUGGACUUGAUGGUUGUUUCCUCAAAAGCACUCUUAAAGGACAGUUAUUGGCAGCAGUUGGUAGAGAUGCAAACAGUGGAAUGUAUCCAUUUGCUUGGGCUAUUGUUGAUGUUGAAAAUGAAGAUAAUUGGACAUG